AUGGAAAAUUCCGAAGCUCCGACCAACGGUUCCGGUAAUGUCACCGCCGGCGACCAUGUACCGGAAGUCAGUGUACACCCCGACGACCCUGCUCCAGCCCAAAUGAUACCCGACCCAUCUGUUUCAGGACUGCCGCUCUACAAACCAUCUGAAGCGAUUCAGAUGUCCCAACCCUCCUCGGAACCCCAACCCCACUCUGAACCGGCCGCAGCCGAGGACCCCGGUCCACCGCCUCCGAAGAAAAGACGCCGCCGGAAGAAAUUAUAUACCGAUAUGGUAUCCACUAUUGCUGCCGCCGCCGGCCUCCGCAUCCUCCGGCCCCACCCUAAACCUUCCACCACUUACUCCUACUCUGAAACUGACCUCGCAGAAGAACCCGGCGACGGAAGACCCCAAAUUCUCCAUAGACGCCGUAGCGGCGGGAGCAAUAACAAGCUAUCGGACCUCGACAAAGAGGUAGACAUCGAAGCUCUCAUCGCUAUCUCUGUUGGUUUCCCUGUCGAUUCAUUAACAGAGGAAGAAAUUGAGGCUAAUGUCGUCUCCCAAAUUGGCGGCUCCGAGCAAGCGAAUUACAUUGUCGUCCGGAAUCACAUCCUCGCCCGGUGGCGGUCCAACGUCUCCCUUUGGCUCACAAAGGAUCAUGCAUUGGAGUCUAUUAGAGCCGAGCACAAAGCCCUUGUCAACUCAGCUUACUCUUUCCUUCUGCAUCAUGGAUAUAUCAAUUUCGGGCUGGCCCCAGCGAUUAAAGAAAUGAAGUUAAAACCUCCUGAAGGUGCUCCGAAGGGCACUGUGAUCGUGAUUGGUGCAGGGCUUUCAGGUUUAGUUGCCGCGAGACAGUUAAUUUUUCUGGGAUUUAAAGUUGUGGUUUUGGAGGGUCGGGCUCGGCCUGGUGGACGAGUUCGAACGAAGAAAAUGAGUGGUGAUAAGGAUAGCAUUGAGGCUGCGGCUGAUUUGGGAGGGAGUGUGCUGACUGGGAUUAACGGGAAUCCUUUAGCAGUUCUCGCAAGGCAGCUGGGAAUUCCUCUUCAUAAGGUGAGGGAUAUGUGCCCUUUAUAUCUGCCUAAUGGUCGAACUGUUAAUUCAGAUAUCGAUUCUUGUGUUGAAGUUUCAUUUAAUAAGCUGUUAGAUAGAGUUUGUAAGCUUAGACAGGCAAUGUUGGAAGAGGUUAGAUCAGUAGAUGUUUCAUUAGGGGUAGCAUUAGAGACAUUUAGGAGAGUAUACAAUGUAGCUCAGGAUCCGCAGGAAAGAAUGCUCUUGGAUUGGCAUUUGGCUAACUUGGAGUAUGCAAAUGCCUCGUUGAUGUCUAAUUUGUCAAUGUCUUAUUGGGAUCAAGAUGAUCCGUAUGAGAUGGGCGGGGAUCAUUGUUUUCUUCCUGGUGGUAAUGAGACGUUGGUUAGGGCACUAGCUGCGGACCUUCCAAUCUUUUAUAAUAGACCCGUGGAAAGAAUUAGCUAUGGUGCCGAUGGGGUUUUGGUGAGUUCUGGCGGUCAGGCAUAUCAAGGGGAUAUGGUACUUGUUACUGUUCCGCUAGGCGUGCUUAAGAAGAAUGUAAUUCAGUUUGUUCCAGACCUUCCGCCGAAGAAAAAAGAUGCAAUUGAGAGAUUGGGAUUUGGAUUGUUGAAUAAAGUUGCAAUCUUGUUCCCAUAUGACUUCUGGGGCGGAGAUAUUGAUACUUUUGGGCAUUUGACUGAUGAUUCAAAUACAAGGGGUGAAUUUUUUCUGUUUUACAGUUAUAAUUCAGUUGCAGGCGGUCCACUUCUUAUAGCUCUCGUGGCUGGAGAAGCGGCCAUCAAGGUCGAAAUGAUGUCUCCAGUUGAGGUUGUCCAGAAGGUUCUUGAAAUUCUGAAGAGUAUAUUCAGCCCAAAAGGGAUAGCAGUUCCAGACCCAGUACAGGCAGUUUGUACUCGUUGGGGACAGGAUCGGUUUUCCUAUGGCUCUUAUUCUUAUGUUGCAAUUGGGGCAUCAGGAGAUGAUUAUGAUAUUCUUGCUGAGAGCAUUGCAGACCGAGUAUUCUUUGCUGGUGAAGCAACUAAUAAGCAGUAUCCAGCGACUAUGCAUGGAGCUUUUCUGAGUGGAAUGAGAGAAGCUGCUAAUAUUUUGAGGGUCUCUAAGAGGUGGUCGUCAAUUGUUCCAGCUGACCGAUCUAGCAAUGGAAGUCUGGAAAAGGAGGAUAUUGACAACUUGUUCAGUACUCCCAACCUUGCGUUUGGCAAUUUUUCGGUGCUGUUUGAUCCCCGGUCAUCAGAUUUAGAGUCCAAUUCUCUGCUAAGAAUAGCCUUAAAUGGUGCGAAAUCUGGCUCUGGUGGUGGACUUUAUCUUUAUGGCUUGAUGCCGAGGAAACAGGCGAUUGAACUUAGUAAGCUGGCAGGGGAUGUAGAGCGUAUAAAUAUGGUUGCUCACAAUUUUCAUGUGAAAUUGGUCGGGAGAAAGGGUUUGAGUAGCGAAGCCGAAUCUCUCCUGAAAUUGGUGAGAUCCAGCAGAUCAAGUUAA